CGGCCUGGACAGAGGAGCGGCCGCUGGCCGGCCGUCAGUGGCAGUCAGCCGACACAGGCCCAUCAUGCUGCGCGCUUCGACUCCGGUGCUGCUGGCCGCGCUGGCCGGCCUGGCGGCCGCCGCCGCCGGGCAAGACCCGGCUGCCAGCAACGACACGGAGCUGCUACACCCGGACCAGCUGGUGCUCCAGCAGCGGGUGGGCGUGGGGCUGCUCGGGGACAUGUACGUCAGCGCUCCGGUGGUGUCACCGCUGCUGGUUACCCCGGUCGAUUCGCCAUCUACGCCAUCGCCCAGCUUCUCCACCGUGUACAGCUUCUUUGAAGUCGCUCAGAAGGGCACCUCGGCACUGAAGCGGGGCGUCUGGUUCAGUCACAAGACCGUCACCCUGGUGCUCUCUUACCACUACGGCUGCCCGGUCCAGAUCUACAAGAUCCGCGACGGCAAGCUCACGACCGAACUCCUCGGCAACCCGCUGGAGAACGCCGAGUUCAGGCCGACGCUAGUACUCUGGGCCGGCGACCUGCAGACGGUGGAGUCACUCUGCGAGGACAUGUUCACCUUCGUCUCCUACGUCAGCGUCACAGCGUGGACACUGGACGGGAGGGAGAGCUGGGAUGCCGAACAGAUGGUAUCCAAAUUUCCACUGUACGCCGACGAGUUUCGCCGGCUGGCCAGCGCCGAGUUCAACGCCGACCAGAGCAGUCUCAGCCCCGAGGUGUACAACGGAGACUGGGCCCCCCAGUGAGCCGCUGACUACCUGCGGCGACGGACUGGCAUCCCUCGCGGCGAUGAACCGCCGCAGGGCAGAGAGCCCGCAGCCGGCUGAGCACCAACAGCACCCGCCAUCUUGCGGCGUUCGUCAGUUAUGAGUUCUCCGUCGGCCGGUGGUGACCGUUGUUGCCAUGUCAACCAUUGAAGCGUCCUCUGUUCCUUUUUACGUCGUGGCUGGCCAUGGAUUGUUGUCCGGCCUGGUGCCUCGAAUGCGUAUUGCGGUUCGUGGCUCGCGUCCAUGUAAAGCAGGCAGGCUCCUUUAACUUGAUUCAUAAUUCAUUCAUCGCAAAAAGUAUUCUAAUGCCCAUGGAUACGGAAUAACCGGAGAUGUAGACAGUCAACCCCCAGGAUGGGACUUACUAAAAUACUGCAUGAGCGUUACUUUUGUGUAACCACGGCACGCGUAUCAGUAGCAGUGAUUUUUAAUGCCUAUCACGUAUGUGUGUGUGAAGUUUAAAGAUAAAUCCAAAAUAUAUUCCAUCUAUCGCAACAAAUGCAACGAAAGACGUUUUGCCGAACCUAAGUCUACAAGCGCAAAGGGGAGUAUAGUGAAUAAAAGCAUCUAGGAUGA